AUGGGAGAGAAUCAGAAAAAAGAGUUACAGACGAGGAGGAAGCAGAUUGGUCUGCGAUUGGUUCAGGUGGUCCUAGACGAGGAGGAUAAGAAGUGUUUUUGGGAGGUUUUGGAUGAGGUGGUUAGAGGUGUGCCUAGUUGGGAGAAGAUUUUCUUAAGAGGAGAUUUUAAUGGGCAAAUCGGGUCAUUUCCAUUAGGGUAUGAUGAUGUGCAUGGAGGCUUUGGGUUCUGGGUUAGGUAUGAUGAGGGAGCUGCUCUUUUGGAUUUUGCGAGGGCCUUUGGGAAGGGGGAUAGAGCUUUAUGUAAGGAUUAUAAGGUAAUUCCGAGUGAGAAUCUGGCGACCCAGCAUAAACUCCUGGUGAUGAACUUGGUUAUCAAGAAGGGCAAGAAGAGCCAGGAUGCUAAGAAGAAGGUGGAGAUGAAGAAGACGGCUUAUGCUAAGUGGAUUAAGAGUAAGCUUGAAGAAGAAAAAUGGGAGAGCAGGGAAGAGUACAAGUUAGCUAAGAAUGAAGCUAAGUUAGGGUUAGAGGAGAAAGGUGGGGAAAAUAGGGGUUUUAAGAUUUCCAAGGUUAAGGAGCGGAAGGGUCAGGAUCCGGACCAAGUGAAGUAUAUUAAUAAGGAGAAUGAUAGGGUAUUGGUGGAAGACGCCCUCAUUAAGAAAAGAUGGAAAUCGUAUUUUCAUAGGCUCUUAAAUGAUGAGGGGGACGGAGGUGUUGUCUUAGGGGAGUUGGACCACUCCGGGGAGUGUCUCGAUGGCUAUGGUUAG